GCGAGUAGCAGAUGGAAUGAGACUGGCCUUGUUGACAAUUCACGUUUAAGGAGUUGUGCGGCGUUAAAAACGGCAUUCUCUCCUGACAGGUCAUUAAUGUGGAGGUCACUCGUCAGUAGUAAAAUGAGUAGUUAGAAAAUGGUAAUGUUGUAGAUAAAACAUCAACUCUGCAGAGCCACGAAAGGGAAUGUUCAGUAUAACGGAAUUCAUGGAUUGAAGAGGAGACCGUGCUCCAGCAAUUCCAUGAAUCCUUGCGUGUGUUGAGAUUUGGCUUUUCUCAGACAAAGAACUGAUACUGGAGGUUCCAGUGAGUCGCUCGGACGGGCUGCUUGAUUAAGAAGGCCCUUUAUGGAGCAAACUAACGUUAGCCGGUUGAGGAAAAUAGGAUUUAGGUGACCGAGCCUUUGUGGGAAAACUAACGGGAUAGCAGAGGAAGAUUGUUGGCCGCCCCGGUCGUUCAAACUGUCAGGUCUCGUUUUCUUAAAGGAUUUGAAGCAACACACACCAUGGGUCUUAUAUUUGCAAAACUCUGGAGUUUCUUUUGUAAUCAAGAACACAAGGUGAUCAUUGUAGGCCUGGACAAUGCUGGGAAAACCACCAUACUCUAUCAGUUUCUCAUGAACGAGGUGGUCCACACGUCUCCGACCAUUGGCAGUAACGUGGAGGAGAUCGUCGUGAAAAACACGCAUUUCCUCAUGUGGGACAUCGGUGGACAAGAGAACCUCCGUGCCUCCUGGAACACGUACUACUCCAACACGGAGUUUAUCAUCCUGGUGGUAGACAGCACAGACAGAGAGAGACUGGCUAUCUCUAAAGAGGAGCUCUACAGAAUGCUGGCUCAUGAGGACCUGCGUAAAGCGGCCGUGUUGAUAUUUGCCAAUAAGCAGGAUAUGAAAGGUUGUAUGUCUGCUGCAGAGAUCUCCAAGUACUUAACCCUCAGCUCCAUAAAAGACCACCCCUGGCACAUCCAGUCCUGUUGUGCCCUCACUGGAGAGGGACUCUGCCAGGGCUUGGAGUGGAUGACCUCAAGGGCGGGCCUCAGAUAGCCCCUCCCUCCCAACCAAUGGACUGACUGACAGCCUGUUCCACCAAUCUGGUGGUGCUAUGGUCAUAACUAACUGGCUGCAUCUCCUUUAGCCCUUGGGGUUUUUUUAUUUUAUUUUUUUCUUUUUACCUGAUCAAUACUGGCCUCUGCAGCGGGCCCAUCUGGACAGCUACCUCAUCUCAGUUAGACUGACUGCUUAAUUGGAACUGCUUUAUCAGACAGCACCUGAUACUGGAUCACCUGGACUGGUCCAAGAAUGGAUACAGCAUCACCAUCUGAAGUAUUAACUGCACACGCACAGACACACGCGUUUGUGUGUGUGUGUGUGUUUGAGAGGGAGGGAGAGAGAGAGAGUGUUUUGUUAAUUGUCUUUGAAUUGAUUUUGGGCUGUUUAUUGUGUUGAGGUCUAACCCUACGGUCACAAAGCAUUAGCACAGUAAAUGUUGGGUGAGUGUUAGAUGAGGUAUUUAACUGGAUUGACUGGACAUGAGUUCAACUGGUUUUCACCAUAGUUAAUGACAUGGUUUAUAGGGCAUCAGUCCUGAAGAUGUCAGAAUGGCACGUAAGGAGCUUAGAGGGAUAUUUCCAUAUUCAGGCUUAAUUAAUUACGUGAGUACUUCGUGCUUCUUAAGUGCCUGGAGUACCUACAACCACUAUAUGUCACAAACAUAUCAUAAUUAAAUACAUUACAUAUCAUGUGCCGUGCCUCAGAUCUCCCGUACAGUAGGGGCCACUGUGUUACACACAAGCCUGGUCUUCUACCCUCUACCAGCUGCAUUUUGCCAAGAGAGGAACUCUAUGUACCUUUGUAGAGCACAGACCAAGACGUUUUUUUUUUUUUUUUUUUUGAUGUGGUCAAGGGGAAUUAAUCAUCUAUAAUCAAUACAUGUAAUUUGAAAUAUUGUUAUUGAUGGGUCAUAUAAUAUCUUCAUGCGGUUGCUUGGCUUUUGGCUCUCGUGUUGUAUGUUGUAUGCACUCGGUUCAGGCCUGGAUAUUUGGUGCUGUGCUAAAGGGAGCGGGUAAAUGUUUUUAUUUUGUUUAUACGUGUUUUUUUUUUUUUUAAAGUUUGAUUAUAAUAUUAGACAUGGCGUGACAGAUUACGCAGUUAGGAGUUCAGUCGGCUGCAGCUGCUUUGUUUGGGGCUCUCUUUUGCUCUAGUCACAUUAUAGAAAGCAUCAGUGACCACUCUGCCAAUGGGGAUGUGUGUGUGUGUGUGUGUGUGUGUGUGCAUAGGCAGGCGGUUAAUUGCUGUUUCCUGCUAUUGUUACCUGUUCUGUUUUAAAGCAGACAUUGUUUGUUGAAAUCCUGCGGAGAACGGAAACGACAUCAUCUGUGUGUGUGUG